AUGGAUCGCCCUAAGGCCUCAGCCGACUCCGUCACUGUCAAGCCGGAGCAGCCCUCCCCUCCUAUCAACUCCACCAACGGCAAUGGUUCUGGCCAUACCCCAGACUUAUCUCUUGUCACAGCCCUCUCCCCAAGCCAGAGCCAGAAUGGUCAGAGCAACGGCCCACAGAGUGCGUCUCCACUCAACGAGCAGCGCGCUUCCAAGAUAGCCGCCUGCCUGUCCUGCCGCAGGAGUAAGGUUCGCUGCGAGAAGGGCGUCGAUCCAGUUCGCUGUCGUCGAUGCGCACAGACCGGCUCUGAAUGUGUUCGCCCAACGUUCAACGUUGGCAGGAGGAAAGGUGUCAAGAACAAACGUAAGGGCCUGGAGAAGGCUCUCUACCAGGUUGAGGAGGCGAUCCGAAGAGCGGGGCCUGGCGUCCAAGGCGCUGAUGCGGGAAAAGCCAUCAAUGAGCUUAAGGCCAUGAUAGCAGCUGGCCAAGGUGCUCACCUGAAUAGCACUGGCGACAGCAAUAAGCGGCCCCGGCUCAGCACUGCCGCCUCUAGCGAGCUUCAGGACUCGUCGUCGGAAGAAGAAGAAAGCCCCAGGCCGCGCAAGGACUCUCACAGGCGCCGAACAUCCACUUUCUCCCACCACCCCGUAAAGCCCGAGGAGCGACUUGCCGUUGACGAUGCUGAGAACCCCUUGCACAUGUUGGCAAGGGCAUCCAACCUGCACUUGUCCCCCGUCUCAAGCCACAGCCAGUCCCCAGGCACGGCAGCAUCCCAGGCCCCCGCGAGCGUUGGUGUGGAGGAGAAUGAUCCCGAGAUGAGAUACGUGGAAAGCUUCUUCGGCACAGUCCACUUCAAUGUGGAUCGAGGCGAAGGCUACGAUCCGAUUGAACUGGGCCUGGUGACGGAGGAUGAGGCCGAGAGGCUUUUUGACUUCUUUCACAGGAAUCUCGCACAUACACGCUGGGGCCUGGAUCCUGUCAUCUACACCGUGCCCUGGACGCGGUCUCGUUCCUCGUUCCUCUUCACAUCCAUAAUGGCCGCCGCUGCGCUGUUCAUCGAGUCUGCUGGCGCUCUGUCAAAGCGACUGUCGAAUCACUGCAGAUGGCUGACCAACAAGGUUAUCGAGAAACGGCACAGAUCUACGGAGAUCGUUCUGGCUUUCAUGAUCAAUGUUCCCUGGAUGGGCCCAGGUGUACACAGCACCGACGACGAGACAUGCUGGUACGUGUCAUUGGCAACGACUAUUGCCAUUGAUUUACAGAUGUCCAAGGUAUCGAUGCCAAUGGAAGCAUUCAAGAAUGGCAUCUCGGGAGACCUGGCCAGGCAAGACUGCAUGGACCCAGAGCUCGCCCUGAGGUUAGGUGGCUUCAAGAGCGUCGACCCCAACUCAGAACUUGGGCGCAGGCUUGUAAGACGGAGGGAGCGAUGUUGGAUUGCCCUGUUCGUUCUCGAGAGAGGGAUGUGUCUGGCUCGAGGCCGAUCCUCGACACUUCCGAUGACACCACUCAUAAGAAAAUGUGACCGAUGGCACAUAUCAGACAUAGCAGACCCGAUGGAUGGACACUUGGUGUCUAUGGCUGUGUUGAGGAGGGACUUGGAUGACCUAUUCGCCGCCAUUAGGUCGUUGUGCGAUGGAGCCAAAGGAGGGCUAACAGACGGAUCCCUCAUCGCCCAGUCAAUACAGAGCACGGUCGACAAAUUUUUUGAGCAAUGGCAUCUUGAGUGGGGCAUGACUCUGGGCGGCACAGGACCUCAACACCGCCUGCCUCCCUACGUGGAGGUGCUUGUCACGCACACCCGCCUUUCCAUUUACAGCAGUGUCAUAAACCACCCUACCGCGCCACUCGAGGUGCGCCACUUCUUCAGGACGGCUGGCCUUUCAGCAGCUUUGAAUGUGAUGCGCGCCGCGGUCCAGGGAGAGGUGCAACUCUUCUCGAUGCCCAACAACACGGCCAUAAUGGUGUCCUUUGCAGCCUGUUUCGCCUUGAAGCUGAGCACACAAAUGUCGGGUGGGAACAGCAGCAGCGUUCUAGCGCCAAGUGUACGGACGCUGAUUGAGGAGACUGCGGACAUGAUGGAGAAGAUUGGAAAUAUCACUAAGCACCGUCAAGGCAUGGGACGACUCUACGGGAGAUAUCUGAGGCUGCUGGUCAAGAAAGAAGCCAGCGCGGCUGAGACCGCAGGCCCCUCGCGGCACGGACACGGAACACCACGACCACCGGCGGCAUACGCCGAAUCGGCACGGCAAGCAGCAGGCGGCGUACCAUUUUCGCACCAGUCCCACCCGCGGACGGGAUCAGGGGCCAGUAUGAGCCAGAGUGGAUUCGCCAUCCCGCAGCCACCGUCAGCUGGCCUCGGCGCGGCGUAUGACACACCCGGUUGGUCGUCGCAUCCAGCAGACCUGUUCCAAUUCUCGGCCAUGAGCGACGACCAGAUCGUGGAGGCGCUCAACAGGACAGGGGGCGAGUUCGACACUGGUGGGUUUGGCGGAAUGGGUGGGAGUGGGCCCAGCGGCGGCGGGGGUGGGUUCAGCUGGGAGGAUGCGACCAACUUCGAUUAUAUGUUGAACUGGAACAACCUGCCAGACUAUGGACUCUAA